AUGCCCAACCUCCCUUUGAGCAUCACAACUCACAUCCCUACCACUACCGUCAGCACGACAGCUCUAUCUCUCGCCCACACCAACCUNCCCCUCCCAAUCUUCAACCACAGCCUCCGUGUCUUCCUCCUCGCCAAACACCUCGUUUCCCAAGAAAACACACUUUCUCCAGACCCCGAUCUACUCUUCGUAGCUUGCAUCUUCCACGACAUGGGCGUCUGCGACAACCACAACUCUGGACCCUGCCGCUUCGAAGUCUCGGGCGCAGACGCAGCAACCUCCCACCUCCUCUCCCAUAACAUCUCAGAAGCUGCGAGUAAAGAAGUCUGGGUUGCUAUUGCACUGCACACGUCACCGCAAAUAGCAGAGAGGAUAUCGCCAUUGGCAAGGCUUGUGCGAGUGGCCGUGUUGAUGGACUUUGGGUCUCCGUUGCGAGAUGAGUUUAACGCUGGAAGCUAUUGUGAGGAGAUUGAACAGUGGCUGCCGAGAUUGGGGGUGGAAAAGUGUUUGGGGGAUGCGGUUGUGAGGCAGGCGGUACAGAGACCGGAGAAAGCUCCUGCUGUUAGUUGGCCUAAUGCUUUGCUCAAGGCUCACCUGAAGGAUCCAGACUUUGAUGGGGUGAAUCCCGAGUUCUUUGGAGAGGAAUUGCCGGAGAGAGGGCUGUGA